AUGCGCCAACGCGCCCAGGCGUAUCCGAACAUCGCGAGAAUGUACGCGGUCAGUCCUUGCGACAGGGAGCGUUUCUACCUGAGGACGUUGCUGCUGUACCGCAGGGGACCGAUCGGUUUCGAGGACCUGAGGACGGUCGACGGCACGGUGUACCCCACCUACGCCGAGGCCGCGACGGCUCUGGGCAUCUUGCGAGACGAUCGCGCGUGGAGGGCUUGUAUGCGAGAAGCUUCCGUCCACGACACGCCGCAUCAGUUGAGAUGUCUGUUCGUCACGAUACUCCUGCAAUGCUCGCCCAACGACCCGCCGAGACUGUACGACGAGUUUAAGGACAAUCUGAUGGAAGAUUACUUCAGACGACGCGCAGACCGCGACACAUCCGAAGCCAUGUGUUUGGCCGCCGUGGAACGUCACCUGGCCGCUUCGAACAAGACGCUCGCGGGUUACGGUUUACCCGAGCCCGAUCGCGCUCUGUUAGUACCGGACGCCGCGCCAGCCGACAACGCGACGGCGGCGGCAGACGUCGCCGAGUUGGUCGGUCGACUGAACGAACAACAGCGGACGAUAUACGAUCGCGUCAUGCGGGCGGUCGGCGACACCAGGCGUCGAUUGCCCAAGUUGUUCUACGUUUCCGGAGCCGGAGGUUGCGGCAAGACCUUCCUGUACAACUGUUUGAUUUCGGCCAUCCGGAGCCGCGGAGGGACCGUGAUUUCCGUGGCCUAUACCGGGAUAGCCGCGUCGUUGAUCCAGGGCGGACAGACCGUUCACUCUACGUUCGGCGUGAGGGUGGCGCCCCACGAUCAAGAAGACCCGUCGUAUCUGGCGAUGCAAUCGAGGAAAGCGCAGGCUCUGCGCGCCGCCUCGCUGAUCGUUUGGGACGAGGCGUCCAUGUCGCCCACGUCGCAGCUGCGGGUCGCCGACAGGUUGCUCAGGGACGUCAUGAACGUGCCGGACACGCCUUUCGGCGGCAAACCCGUGCUGUUCGCCGGCGACUUCAGACAGACGUUGCCCAUCGUGAAGCGCGGUUCGCGGGCCCAAAUCGUUUCGGCCACCAUACGGCACGGUGUUUAUUGGGUCUCGAUGGAAAAAUACUCGCUUGAGUGCAACAUGCGCGCCGACGGCGACCGGCCCUUCGCCGAUUGGCUGUUGCGGCUCGGCGCGGACUCGCUCAACGACGGACUGGAACGCGUGACCAUUCCGGCCGGUGCGGUAAGCGAAUCUUUUGCGUCUCUAUUGGACUUUGUUUACCCGCGGGCGAUGUCGUUGGACAACGUCCGCGAUUACGCUAAACAUAUUGUUUUGUGUGUUACAAACGACGAGUGCAAGAACAUCAACGAUCAGGUGCUCCGCAGUCGAGUGACGGGGUCGCAGAGGGUGUACACCGCCACCGACACCGUCGUGGCCGACGACGACGACGAGGCGGCCAAUUUUCCCGUAGAGUUUCUCAACACUCUGGAAGCGGACAACUUGCCGCCGUACAGGUUGACUCUGAAGGUGGGCGCGAUCGUCAUGUUGCUGAAGAACCUGGACACGACCAGACGGCUGUGCAACGGCACCAGACUGGUAAUCACCGAGCUCAGGCAACAUAAUUUUAAAGCUAGACUGUUGACAGAUCUCGACGCCGAGGAGACGGUCGUUCCGAUCGUUCAGACGAGGACGUCCGGGGACGGCGACAUUCCGUGCCGCAUGUGCCGUUACCAGUUUCCCGUGAGGCUCUGCUACGCCAUGACCGUCAACAAGUCGCAGGGGCAGACGUUCGAUCGCGUCGGCCUGUCGCUGACGGUACAGCCGUUCGCCCACGGACAGCUGUACGUGGCGUUUUCGAGGGUGCGCAACCAAAAUUCCAUCAGGGUGUACACUUUGUCGGCCGUGGACGGGCCGUGCGUUGUGAAAAACGUUGUGUACAGGGAAGUAUUGGAAUAAACGACAACUAUGGCGGCACUUUGCGUGUCGGCCGCGACGGGUCUUGACUGUGGCAUUUAUGCCUGUCUCCCCGUUGGCUCAAACUUGCGAUCGCCGUCCUUCAGUGGCCUGAUCGUCCGCGUUGGACAGCGGUGAAUCGGGUUUGUUGAACGGACUACCUAGCGUAGUCCGGACAAGAAGCCCGAUUGCUGCUGGCACUUAGGGAUGCCGGCAGCGACGGAUCUCCACUUUGGCGUUUAUGCGAAUAUUCUGCCUGUGUCUCCGUGUGUCCCUAGAAACGGCUAUUUUCCCGUGCUGUGUAUUUGCCAUUUGAACCCCAAAUUGCAUCUAUACGGGCGGGGAAAUUUCCGUUUUGUGCGGAGAGAUUGUAUGACAACCUUCACGUGGUUCUCUCUGAAUGCGAAUCCGUCAAAUGGUCAUGACAUAAAAUAUUGUAAAAUUUUUAAAAUAUUUGCAUUACAACUCGAUAGAAGAGUCACUUUUUACCACACGGAUUUGUAACUAAUGUCAUACGUUAUAAUUAAAAUUUAUUUGUAUAUUAUAAUAUAUUUAUUUGUUUGAUUAACAUUCAAUUUUUUUUCCAGAACUUAAAUGAAUUAACACAAAUAACUCGGAGGACGUUGGUAACACAACGAACGUUUCGACAAAAUAAUAUCAACGUAUGCGCGAUCGACAUGAAAUUCAUAGCAAUUAUCAUACACGGCAAUUCUACGCUUCAUUAGAUAUUAUUAUCGACCAUUUGUGAGAUAUAGAUUUUUAUUGUUUAAUAUACGCAUACAUUAUUUAUUAUAUAACUUUUCACUUUAAAAGUUCAAAUGAAAUAUAACAUUUAUAUGGCGAACAAUUGAACAAAUCAAUUUUUCUUUUUGCCUGUUCUAUAGUAACAGUUUAAUAUAAUAACAUUUGCUUUUAUUUUGACUUCUUUAUUUU